AUGGGCGACGACAGCAAGAUUGUGAAGCAGGGCUGGCUCCUGAAGCGCGGUGAAUACAUUCGCAACUGGCGCAGCCGCUGGUUCCAGCUCAAGGAGGAUGGCUCCUUCCGCGGAUUCAAGCAGGGCCCUCCUGCCCCUGGCGACGAGCCCAUCAACCGCUUCGACCUUGACGGUUCCACGCUCACGAAGACCGAGGACGGCAAGCCCCUCGGCGCAAAGGGCAAGAAGUUUGGCUUCCUCAUUCGGUUCAUGCAGCUGACGCGGUUUGUGGAGCGCUCGUUCCACGUUGAGUCUGAGGAAGAGCGUGACGAGUGGGUUGCUGCAUACGAGGUUGUCAAGAAGAAGCUUGAGGAGAAGAACCUGGCCCGCCGUCUCGACUCUGACGCCACCCACAAGAUUGCACGAUCAACCGAGUCUGUCACGCUGGAUGACUUUGAGAUGCUCAAGGUCCUCGGCAAGGGAACAUUCGGCAAGGUGAUGCUGGGCCGGGAGCGCAAGUCACGCGAGCUGUUUGCCAUCAAGAUCCUGAAGAAGGACGUCAUCUUGGAGAAGGAGGAGGUUGGCCACACCAUGACCGAGAACACCGUCCUCCAGAGCACAGACCACCCCUUCCUCACAAGCCUCAAGUAUUCCUUCCAGACAAACGAGCUGCUCUGCUUCGUUCUCGAAUACGUCAACGGCGGCGAGCUUUUCUUCCACCUCUCAAAGGAGAAACUCUUCACAGAGCCCCGCGCCAGGUUCUACGCUGCUGAGAUUACGCUGGCCAUCACGUACCUGCACGACCACGGCAUCAUCUACCGUGACCUCAAGCUCGAGAACUUGCUCCUCGACCGCCACGGACACAUCAAAAUCACAGACUUUGGCCUCUGCAAGGAAGACAUGUCGUACGGCGAGACGACGCGCACGUUCUGCGGCACGCCGGAGUACCUUGCGCCGGAGAUUCUCGAGGACAGCGACUACGGGCGGUCUGUGGACUGGUGGGGCGUCGGCGUCGUGCUCUAUGAGAUGCUCUGCGGCCACCUCCCCUUCUACAACCGCAACCACGAGAUUCUCUUUGAGCUCAUCCUCCAGGAGCCCGUCAGGUUGCCGGACCACCUGAGUGAGCCGGCAAAGGACAUGCUCGCCAAGCUCCUCGACAAGGACCCGCUCAAGCGCCUCGGCGGUGCUAACAAUGACGGCAAGGAUGUGAUGGGGCACCCCUUCUUUGCGCCAAUUGACUUCAACAAGCUCUACCACCGCGAGCUCCCGCCCCCGUUUGUCCCAGACAUCAAGGGCGAGGAGGAUGUGAGCAACUUUGACGAGAUGUUCACGACGGAGAAGCCUGAGAUCUCGCCAACGGACACGGGCGCGCUCGAGACAAGCGCCGACGCGUUCUCAAACUUCGACUCUGUUGUCAAGACCUGAGCCCGCCUCCUCCUUGCCGUUUCAUCCCUUCAUUCAUAACACGUCCCAUGUUUUGCAGACAAAAGAGAAGCACCAAGAAU